AUGGCGUAUCACAGCCUCACCAUGCCUCUGACUGUCAUGAGCGUGUUCUGGGGCUUCGUGGGCCUCCUGGUACCCUGGUUCAUCCCCAAGGGUCCUAACCGAGGAAUUAUCAUCACCAUGUUGGUGACCUGUUCUGUUUGCUGUUAUCUCUUUUCGCUGAUUGCAAUUUUGGCCCAGCUCCACCCUCUCUUUGGACCACAAUUGAAAAAUGAAACCAUCUGGUACCUGCAGUGCCACUGGCCUUGGCAAGGAAGACGCACUUCACAGUGCCCAGGCAUUGAGGUCACAAAGAGAAUGCCUUCUAGAUGCAAAAUCACCUCCGAUCCCAAACCACCUUCUGUGGUGGCCCGCUGUGGGCUUUAGCUGCCUUAAAACGUUCACGUGACACUUGAAGAUUGAACUCUGCAGUGCAGUAUUCUCCCUUCACUUUUUUAACACUUUGACGAAUGAUGUGCCUACUUAGC